CGUCUUUGUUUAAGUGAAUUUGGUAUUGGCAUAUUUUUGACGCGUAAACAUGACAAAAAAGUCUUCUUUUCUCUCACUGUAAUUGUUGCAAAUUAUAAUCAAUAAUAAACACAAGCCUAAAGUUUAAUAAUGGAACAUUACUAACAAUAAAUUCUAAGUAAAUUUGACAUUAUGGAUAUUAAUAAUUGCUCAGCUUUGGUCACAAAUCAAAGUGAAAAUCUCGAACAACCACAUUCCACAAAAGAUAAUGAAAGUAGCAGCAUCACACCACAAGCUGUGAGGGAGGAGGGACAUGAUAAAGAGGUUCUUGAAAAAUUCACAAAUAUGGAAGGCACAAACGCUGCUGCUGCAACCAUUGGUCCCAUUACAAAUAUUUUCGAAAAUUGUGUAGAAAAUCUAGCAGAUAACCAGCAUACCAGGAGUGAUGAAGGCGAAGCAGUAGUGGCCAAUAAUUUAAUAUUGGUAACUGACCAACAGCAAACCAGUCAGCAAUUGGGGGAGGAGGAGCAGGCAGUAGCAGAUGUGAGCGCGAAUAUAUUGCUGCAUACAAACACAACACCAACAACGUCACCAGUCAAAGCUAAUGAUGUCUCAAAUGUAAGCUCUAGUACCACACAAACAAUAACGCCAACGACGGAGACAAAUACAUUAACAACAAGUGUUUCUGCCACCGACUCUCCCUCCAUACGUUUCUUGGACCUGAUGCAGCAAGCUGAGGCCGUUGAUUAUAAUGUCGAUGUUGAGAAAGAAGACUCUGUAAUACAACAGCAAGAGCAACAACAACAACAGCAUUCGCAUUGGACAGAAGAAGUUAAUAAACUAAAAGAAUGUCAAACAAAAUUCCAGCAACAACAAAAGCAAUAUGAACAACAAUUGGAACAGUUACAAGCCGCACUGGCCCAGAAAGAUAAUAUGAUAUCUCUGUUCCAAAGAGAGAAUGCCAUAUUGGAAAAGGAAAAAGAGGCGUUUCGUAGAGAAAAAGAUCUUGCCAAUAAAGCCCGUGAAUCGACUGUCAUCCAAUUUGCUAUGAAAGAAAAGAACGUCAUUGAUGCCAAAAAAGAAAGGGAGGCGGUAGAGAAACAAUUGGCCGAAGCCAAAAAGGAAAUCAAAAACUAUACCACAAAAUUCCAAGCCUUAAAUGAGGAGAAAUCACGAAUAGCAUAUUUAAUGGAUGAAAAGUGUAACGAAGUAAGAAAGUACCAAAGAGAAUGUGAAAAACUGAAAACGGAUUAUGGGCACUUGGAGUCGAAAUUAAAGUAUCACAUGAAUAAACUCAAUAUGGAAACUGAAGCAAAAUUGGCCUUGGAAAAGAAACUAGAAGAAGAGAGAAAUGCUCCCAAUAAAUUGGAGGAGAAGGCCAAUGAAAAAUUGAAAAUAGAAUUUGAGGCGCAAACCAUACUGCUUAAGCAUGAGAUUGCCAAUAAAACCGAACACUUGGAAAAACUUUUGAAAGAAACGGAAGCCCAAAAAGAAAUUAUUAAACAACUACAAGAUCAAUUAAAGCAAGACUCUGAAGAGAAAUCUCAAUUAUCAGAGGCCUUCUUGCGCCUACAGGAUGAUCACAAUCAGGUACAAAAUUCCUAUAGUGAGGAAAUGCUGCAAUCAGCUAAACUACGCGGUCAAUUGGAUGAGCUGCAAGUUCUAAAAACUCAAAAUACAUUAAAUGAAGAAAAGCUAUCUACCUUAGCGGAAGAACUAAAUGAGGCCAGACAACGAUUACAGGACAAUGAACAGGACUUGGAACAAUUACAUGAAAAAGAAAAGGAGUUGUUAAGUUUUAACAGGGAGAUGAGUGGCAGUAUUGUGGAUAUGCAAAAUCAAAUAUGUUUAUUAAAAUCAAAGGCUCAGGGUAUAGAAGCUGAAAAUGUUUUACUUAAAAAAGAGCGAGCUGCAUAUGAUGAUAAAUAUGCGGCACUGGAACAACAACUCAAGCAGGAGCAAAAUCAAAAAAACGAAGAACGACUUUUAUUAGCCAAACAUUUGUCGGAAAAGACAAAACUGUAUGAGAAUACAAAACUCAAAUUGGAAAAUGUACAGGGAGAUUUUGAAGCUACAAAAAACAAACACAAUACCAUAGUCAAGGAAUUGCAACGAGAAAUAAUGAAAUUCAAAAGAUCAAUUGAUCCACAAUCGGCGAAUUCCUGCAACUAUAUAUGCAGCAGAUGCCAACAGCCAGCACUACAACAACAGAGUAAUGGAUAUCAUAAAACACAAGAGGAAACCAAAUCACAAAUGGAACAGUUGGAGGCCAAGAGGUCACACAGUCGCCAGAGCAGUAGUAGUACAACAGUUCAGAGUGUCAGUUCAACUGGCAGCAGAAGGGGCAGUGAAUCUUCCGAAUCGGAUACGGUUGUGACGGGAAGGGAACUAGAUUUCAAAGAUGAAAAUAAGGGUCCCUCUAAGAAACAUUUGGUCGAACGUAUAUUACGUCUGCAACAAGCUUCCGCCCGGCAAGCUGAGAAAAUCGAUUUUCUCGAACAACAUACUCUGUCUCUGGUAGCAGAGCUACAAAAGAAAUCCAAAGUCGUCCAACACUACAUGUUGAGGGAUCAGGCUGGAGCCUUGACCUCUUCCAAGAGCGAUCAAAAUAAAAGUGAAUUAGCUAAAUAUGGAAAUGGUGUUAUGUCCGCCAUAUAUGGAGGCAUUAAGGGUGUGGAAAAUAAAAGUAUGUCGUUGGAAUUGUCUUUGGAAAUCAAUAAGAAACUACAGGCGGUUCUAGAGGAUACGUUAUUGAAAAAUAUUACCUUAAAGGAAAACCUUGAUGUAUUGGGUUUGGAGGUAGACAAUUUAACUCGAAAACUAAGGCAAAUGGAAGCCAUCAAACGUUAGCAAUAAUCCAUUGCUAAGGAAAAAAGUGAAUACAUUCGUUUUUAUUUUUUCCAUAACGAGUACUGAGAUUGCUCCAAAUUCUUUGUAUUCCUUUAUCAUUUUGUAUGAAGUACAAGUACUAUUUAUAUGUGUAUGUGUAAAUAUUAGAAUAAUGAAUUAUUAUAAUUCCAAGAAAUCAAUAACAAGUA